AUGUUCGUCUACAUCCAGGGAGUGUCCAGCAUGGACAUGAAGAGGUUCGUGGUAAACUUUGCCUUGGGGACACAGUCUGGGGCCGACAUCACCUUCCAUUUCAACCCCUGCUUUGAGGGCUGGAACAAGGUCAUCUUCAACUCGAAGCUGUCUGGCCAGUGGAGCAAAGAGGAGGAGGAAAGCAGGAUGCCCUUCAAAAAGGGGGAGCACUUCGAGCUGCUGGUGAUGGUCAUGAUGCAUAUUUCUGAAAGACAGAGCCUCAGUUUUCCCUUGCCAGCUGCGAACGUACCCCACAAGACUUCGCUGCCUGAGGGCAUUGACGUGGGCAAAGUGAUGCGGAUUCGGGGUAUGAUUCCCAACAAGGCUGGCAGGUUCUAUGUCAACCUGCUCUGCGGUGACGACAAGGCCAGCGAGGCCGCCCUGCACUUCAACCCCAGGCUGGACGAGUCCACGGUGGUCUUCAACACCCUGGAGCAGGGCAAAUGGGGCAAAGAGGAGCGAGGCAAAGGCAUCCCGAUCCAGGGCGGCCAGCCCUUCGAGGUGCUCCUCAUCACCACUCCUGAAGGCUUCAAGGCGAUCAUCGGCGACGAGGAAUACCACCAUUUCCGCUACCGCAUCCCCCCGGCACGAGUGCGCUUGCUGGAGGUGGGCGGGGACGUGCAGCUGGAAUCCGUGAGGAUCUUCUGAACCCCUGC